AUGCAGUGAACCAACGGCGGAUCGGAUGCAGCUCUCCCUUGUGUAAAGGGGAAGUGGCGCCGGCGAAGCACCCCACCCCACCGCCGCCGCCGCGCACCUAGCUGCGGAAAGAGCCCAGCAAUCGAGAUACGACAUGCCGCCGAUGAAGAUUAUCUCACGCUUGAUUCCUCGCCUCUCUCCCUCAGGGCACCGCUUCGCCUCUACAGGUCCACCUCUCCACAAUGCAUCUGCUUCACCUCGCUGGAAGCCAUCAGAGAUUGCACACCAAGUUCCUCCCAGCUUCCCUACAGCCAGUCCACCGACCCGUCGUGUUUCCCGAUUUCCUCAUCGACAUAGGCACAUGGCCAGUAGCAGCAGAGUAAAAGGCGAGGACCUGCCUAAACCCCUUUCUGCCAAGGAUUUUAUUAUAUCCCUGGGCAUGGAAAACCUCAAGGAUGUCGAUACAACCAAGGUCAUUACUCGGUAUACCUAUGUCCCUCCUGCCGAUAGUGUUGAACAUAAGGUGAAACCAAGUGGGGAUGCCAUUUUGGAUAAGCUGAGCAGUGUUGACAAAGAGAGCUUGGCUGCACCGGAGCCUGAUUAUGUAAUGGAGAUAUUCCCAAAUAGCGGCCAUCGCGAUGGUUCCAUAUACAGCGGCACAGAUGAUUGGAAAAUCGACUAUCGUAUUGCUGACCGCAAUGAGACUUGGCUGGAGGCAAUGAUGUUUUCAGAUCCCACAGAUUGCAGAAUGCACAAUGGAAUUUGCGAGUCACAUGCAAGUCGUCACAUGUUGCAGUUUUUGUCAUUAAGGUUGGCUAAAAUUCCUGCAGAGCUUGGCUCAGUCGAGUUAUAUGGAUACAUCGCAGCUCGGGAUAAUAUGAAUCCAUUACUUAAUUAUAUCGUCCACUUUAGCAGGGAUGAUCCCAUCAUCGUGAAGCAGGGUUCUCUCAUCCACAUGGCUGGCCCUAAGCGAGCAAUUGAAUUGGUUGGUACUAUUCUAAUUGAAUAUGACAUGAAGAUCAAGGCAGGCGAACAUGAAAAAGAAGAUCUACAGGUGAUCGAUGGUAUAUCAUGCUUGGAUAACAUAGACACAUGGGAUCGUACCCCGUUCACAUUUCGCAUCCAAGGCGAUUGUGGUGCAAUUGAUGUAGGUGUCUCACGUCUUAGCUUUGCGUAUGAGGCGACCGUAGAAGUUGUUGUAUCACAAGUGCAAAGCAGUUUCAGCAUGUGUAUCGGUUGUUUUACCAGUGGCUUAGAUGAAGAAAUCCGGCUCUUUGAUGGUGCUAUUGGUGAGUCACGUGCCUUAAAGAGGUCUGUGGUAGCUGUAGCAAGCGAUGAUGAGAUGGAAUUGAAGUUGAAGGUAGCGGCUGACUCGGGCAUCCCUGCUGAAUAUUGCUGUUGCUUCCAGUCGAAGCAGCAUGGGCGUGCCACUCAAGAGAUAUACACUGGUUUUGCAUUAAUUGAAGUGAAGGUGAUUUGGUCUACUUUGAAUAAGCCAAGAAAAGGCAAAGAAGCUAAGGCAGUUUAGUGUUGUGGGACUGGCAGCGACCAAACACUCUACUACUAAUGAUAUUAACCUUAGAAUUAGAUUUGGCAACUUUGAGUUGUAAUCAAAUCGAACUAGUGUAAAAAAGUAAAUGUUUGACCUGUCUACUUGGGGCUGUUUGAGGAGGGAAGAUCCAUGGGUAUGCCCACCUGAAGGAAUCAUGAAAAUCAACGUAGAUGCAGCCUAUAAUGAGGAUGCAGGGAAAUUUCAUUGCA